UUUGAGAAGCAGAGACACAGAGCAACUAACGCACUGUAACUGACCUGAACCAGCAAUGUACACCAGAUCAGACAGCCUGCUCUUCUCGCUACCGACAAACACUUUCUUCCAGCAGCAGUCGCAGUUUGAUUUCAGACCGAUGAUGCCGCGGAACACCGAGCCGGAGAUCUUCACCUUCGAGCGGAUCCCGGAGCCGCAGCAGCCGGCGUUCCAUCCCCGCGGAGCUGCAGUGCGCCCGCGCAAGAGGAACACCCGCGUUAUGUACCCCUCCAAAGUGCGCAAAUAUCUGCCCCCGGCCGAGAAGAGCCCCGCUAAGCGCUGGCUGCUCGUCCUGUGCCUGGUAGUCUUCUUGCAGAUCUACACCGAGGAGGGAUCCGUCGAGACCACGCAGAGUGAAGGACCAACCUUCACUGAUGCAACUUCUUACAAUGUUCUCCCCUUCCAGUCUCCUGAGGAGCAAGCCAGACAAAUGAUGGGCAGCUGUCCUGAGGACUUCAGCCCGAUGUCUAGCAGUGAGGAGAAGAAGGAGAACUCCUGGCUUCUGAACACUACAUGCCCGAGCUCAAGCUUGGAGGAGGACAUCAACACUCUCUACCAGCAGAGCAGGAGGAAUGGAUACGUGGUGGCCCUUCUCUACCCAGUGUACCAUAGACUUGGCACAGAGAACUGAAUGAACUCAGAAUCAAGGUUGUGGACUAACUAAGUUCACUGAACCUUCUUGAAAAAGAAAAACAGGCUCCUGUGGCACCCAAGUUGUGCCUGGAGAAUGAUGAGUGGAGGACGAAGUGAUGGAAAACACAAGCUGAGGAGACAUCCAGUGGAACUGAAUGACGAAGAAACUUCAAAACGGCUCAUUUAGAUUUACUUGAAAAUGUUUCACUUGAAAUGUAGCCUCACAAGCAGACCAGUUGUACGUCUAAACUCAUUAGGGUGUCACAAUGACCAUUUGUGUUGCAGAACGCUGCCACUCGCAGAAAUACUUGAAUCUCACAUUGAAGAUUUAUAUGUGUUACAUGAAGAAAUAUUUGUUGUAGCUAUUUAUUUGAUGUUAUUUAUUUAUUGUUAAUUGCUUAUUUAUUUCCUAUUGUCUUGUGAAAAUAAACUGACAUUUGCAUCUAUAAUUCUUAUUCACUUUUUCAUUGUCUUCUUGUUAUAUUAUUAGAAUGAGCUGUUGUCUCACAAACUUGGUUCAAAAUACUGUGACUUCUCAGUACCACAUCUAAAAGUACAAUACUCAAACAAGCAUAUAAUUUAUUAUUUCAUGUGUUGUGCAUGCAUGCUGAUAUGGCAGAAAUACUUUUCUAAUUACUCUUCAAUUUUAAGUUUUUUUGUUAGUGUUUAAGAGAUAAUCAUCAUAAUAUUAACACUAGUAAUAUUUAUUAUGAGCAUUAUAAAGGUGAAAAUGUGUGAGGUACAAUAAUGUUCAUAUAACUAAUAAAGUUGCAAUGAUCCAAA